UUCUGUUAUGCGACAUGUCGAAAAACAAGCUGGAUGAAAUGCGGCACUUCUGAGCAAUACUCGAUGUUGUUUAGUUGUUAAAAGAGAAACUGUCAAAUCAGGAAUUUUACCCACGGGUUCGUCUUCUGAUCCUGCCCCGAAAAAGCGAUGCUGGUCACCGUUUUCUGCGCGCCGAGGGAUCGCCCAGAAACCACCUUCGCCCUCGAUGUGUCCCCGGAGCUGGAGCUGAGAGACUUUGUAGCACUUUGUGAACUGGAAUCAGGAAUCCCAGCCGGGGAAAUCCAGAUCACAUAUGUAGAACAGCUCCUAAAAGACCCUUCUCGUGCCUUGGGGAACUAUGGUGUUAAGGAUGGAGAUGUGGUGGUUCUCAGGCAAGCUGACAGAAGGCCACCACCAACUCAGCCAGCCUUCCCAGGUCUGCCACAUAUCGACUUUCGUUCCAUCACAAUCCCCGGCACCUCUUCUUCAACUAGUCAACGUGGUGCCAUAAGGCCGCAGCAGCAGCAGCAGUCUCCACAGCAGCAUCCGUCACAGUCACAGCCUCAGCAGCCUCAGCAGCCGCAGCGCGCCUCACAAUCUUCCACGCCAAUGGCCUUUCGUGGCUCCUCUCCUCAGGGGCUGGAUGACCCCGCCUUACUCCAGCAGAUGCUAUUAUCCAAUCCACACGAGCUUUCACUCCUCAAGGAGCGAAACCCGCCACUUGCUGAGGCCCUGCUGAGCGGAGACUUGGAGCGUUUCACCAAAGUGCUGCUGGAGCAACAGCAGGAUCGAGCCAGGAGAGAGCAAGAGAGGAUCAGACUCCUGACUGCUGAUCCUUUUGAUUUGGAUGCCCAGGCAAAGAUUGAGGAGGACAUCAGGCAGCACAACGUGGAAGAAAACAUGACCAUUGCAAUGGAGGAGGCCCCAGAAAGCUUUGGACAGGUGGUUAUGCUCUACAUUAACUGCAAAGUCAAUGGGCACCCUGUGAAAGCUUUUGUUGACUCAGGAGCCCAGAUGACCAUCAUGAGCCAAGCAUGCGCUGAGCGCUGUAACAUCAUGCGGCUGGUGGACCGUCGCUGGGCCGGGAUCGCCAAGGGAGUGGGCACCCAGAAGAUCAUUGGCAGAGUUCAUUUGGCUCAGGUCCAGAUCGAGGGGGACUUCCUUCCCUGUUCUUUCUCCAUCUUGGAGGACCAGCCAAUGGACAUGCUGCUUGGCCUGGAUAUGCUGAAGAGACAUCAGUGUUCGAUCGACCUGAAGAAGAGCGUGCUUCUAAUAGGCACUACGGGCACCGAGACUCGCUUCCUGUCUGAGGCAGAGCUGCCAGAGUGUGCCCGACUGGCAUACGGAGCAGAGGGGCGUGAAGAUGCCCGCCCAGAUGAGAUAGCUGACAGAGAACUGGCAGAGGCACUUCAGAGGUCUAUACAGGAGAGCGACACUGCAGAUGGACAAACUACCUCACCACAGCCCCCACCAUUUACAUUACCCAGAACCUUAGACCAAAUGUCCUCAUCCACCUCCCCUUCCCAAAGCCCCUCCUCUGGCCAGCCCCAAACCCUGGAUCGCUCUCAGUCUGCCCCGGCCGCCAUGGAGCAGGCCUCAGCACCAGAGCUGUGCCAGGACCAACCUGGCCUCCAGGAGCUUCCUUUACCUUCAUCCUCAGCUGAGGAUGCUGGUUCUACAACUGAUCAGGUCCAUCCUCACCCUCUGCCCGACCAUAGCAACUCCAAAGUGCCCCCUGUCCCCAGUUCCUCGACAGACGUCCUUCAAACAUGUACCCCUCUUGCGGAAAUGACUACAGUAACGCAGUGUCCGGAUGAGAGCGAGGGUGAGAUACAGCCCGCCCACUCAGAGGGGGAUGCUGAAUCAGAUGAGGUGACGAACAGCAACACGCUCCCCCAACCAGAGGAACUUUCCCCCACUCAACCCAUGGAGCAGGAGGUGACUGAGUCUGAGCUCGCUGAUGCCACAGAAGCCUGUCCGAAUGCUCCUCACCAACCGGACUCUGUUGAAAUGGACUCCCCCACCACCUCCCAGGGCAUGGUGUCCUCAGAGAGGGACCAGCCCGAAGGAGAGCACUGCUCCAGCUCCGACGGCAUCCCAUCGCUGGCGGCCGCUCUGAUGGAGCUUCACGAGCUGCUGGUGUCCAACAACCAUGCUCAGUCCCAAAACCGCAGCGCCUCCUGCUCCCCCUCACAUCCAUUCAAACAGGAAAUAGACGCCCCCGAGCCAUGCACCCCAACGCCCGAAAACGCCCACUCUACUGCCAUCACAGCUGGUGCAGAACCAAGCGAUGCCAAAGCCAACCAUGCUGCUGCUGUGUCUGAUGAGGGACCAUCAAAGUGUCUUGCGCCUGAGCUCUCUGGCCAGGAUGAGCAUCUGGGCAGGGAUACAGCAGAGACUGUGGAGGGACAAGUACCGCCGCAGUGUCCAGAUGGGUCCGAGGAGAGAGGGGCGGAUAGAUGUGGGCAAGAUGAGGCAAAUAACAUCAGCAGUUUGCAGCCUGAGCCAGAGGUUCCUCCGGAUCCUGCAGGGGACCUGGAGUUCAGGGAACCUCCAGAGGGGCAGCAGGGGAGAGGGGUCGCAGAUGGACGAGCCUCUGGCACCAACACCCCGGACACCCUCGGCCUCCAGACUGAGCACACUGUCCUCAGCCCUCUGUCUAUGGCAGUGGGCUCACCUGAGGAAGUUACGAGCACCUCCUCCCCCUCUUCCCCUCCUCUUGCUCAGGCUCCCCAGCACACACCUCCAGCCCCUCUUCUCCUUUCUCCACAUCCCUUUAUAGAACAAUUUCCAGCUGAGCACAUCCAGAGAAUCCAGGCAGCAGGGUUUUCUGCCCGGGAGGCUGCGGAGGCACUGGAACAAGCCCAUGGGGUUGUGGAGCUGGCUCUGCUGGCACUUCUAGCCCGCAGUAUCACUGUGCCCACCUAGACUCAUAACUAGUCAUGCGAGUCAUCCAGCCUCCCAACCCAGCAUCUGUCUUAUUUAUAUCUUUUUAAUCUGCGUUUCCAUCAAAGGCUUUUGGUAUAGUACCUUUGGAACCAAAAGUAACACCUACGAAGAGGUACCUAGACCCAAGAUCUGUGUCGUCUUUCUUCUGCAGACAGCUAGUACUCUUAAAUGUGGGCGGGGUUGUUGUCACUCACUUGCUGCGCCGUCCAUUAGCACUCGCUGUAUUUCCUUGUUCACCUGUGAUACAGAGUGAAGUCCACACCCCAUUUAUCGUCCACAGAAGGGGGCUGCAGGCUGCAGUGAGAGUCUCUCAUAAUGGGAUAUUUUAAAAGAGCAGGGAUGUGCAUUGACUUGUUGUUAGGCACGAGUGGCGGUUUAGUGCUGACCUAGUGCACCAGAACGAAGCUCUGACACAUUUUUUUUUCUCUUAGUGAGAAUUAGAGUAUGCAGUUUACAUAAUCUGGUCACAAUGAAUAUAAAUUUUUUUGAACACGUUAAGAUCCACUCAAUACUAAAAGUGUAUCUCAUCCAGAAGAGACAACAAAAAACAGCCGGAGUGGUCAAAGUCUUAUUGAAAUUGAAGGUGUGUUGAUGGAUUCAAGUCGAACAUUACAAGUAAACGUUCCACUCAAAAAUUGGCCGGCAGUCGACCCAAUGAAUGAAAUAAUUUUUUUUCUCAGUCUACAGCUGCUACUAGAGGCUACAAAACAUCAUUCUGUAGUUAAUUUUCUAAUGUAUGAAAAAUGUGUAAUGGUAUGAACAGUGGAGCAGCACAGAGGGUUGAUUGUUUCUAGCUCCACCUUUUAGUACCGGAUCUGGGCGCUGGGUACCCCAAACAGAGAGGUGACGAAAAAUGGGGACGGUUCCAAAGGUACUAAAGGUACCAUCCACAACUUUUCACAAUGGAAACACAAAAAACUGAACUGAACUGAACCAACCUGCUGGUGGAAACGCACCAUUACUGAUCCAGAUGUCUCAGUCCCUUCGUUGCAGGGAGCAAGUGUGAACACAGGGAAAUGCUGUUUCUUGGUUUGUCGUACAGAAUAUCCAAGAACAAACAGGACAACUGGUAAUACUUUUCUGGAUAUUGCAGAUAUGUGAGGUGUGUUUGCAUGCAGAUGUUUUGGGUGGCCACCCAUUUCAUUGGUUUUUAGAGAUUUGGUAUGGUAGAUUGAUUUUGUUCUGGUUUUGUUGUCCAGCGUUGACACAUGAAAUGCCCAACAUAUGAUUGAUUCUUUAUAAUUUUCCCUUUGAUAUGUCAUAAAACUUGUUGUUUAUGUUGUGGAGCAUCAAUAAAAGAAAAAGCAUCUAAAUGGAGUGUUAUUACUCCUACUCCCUGUUCAAGAAUAACUGUCUGGUGAGCUUUAGAUCAUUCAGCACAAACAUUAAUAUCUGAAGCAAUCUGCUGAUGAAUAAUGCAACAUGUGGAUUUUUAUGAUUUAGAAAAGAAAAGCUACAUCGUGGGCACUGCUGCAGUUUAGAAGAGUUGAUCAUUAUUGAUCAAGUUUACAAAACUUUUCUCCAGAUAACUGAAAGCCCCCGUAUCCACGGCCGCUAUCACACUGAAAUAUCAAGUGAGCCAUGAGUGUGUUUGUCGACGUACGAUCAUUGAUGGAAUUUUUCGGUUAAGUAUGUGUAUUACAGAAGGUAUCUUGUACUGUAUGUGUUAUUCUCCACACUUUGAAAGCUUUGCCAUGUGUAGAUUACAAAAACUUGUUUGUAGCUCCUGUUCAGAAAGUCCUUUUAAUUUGUGUCAAAUCAUCAUAGUGUGUGUUCAUACCUUAAAAACACCCAUUUUCAUUUUAUAAUCUGUUUAGAAUAUUGCCAUGUCCGCACAUCAUAUAUCAAGGAUUUUAAUGGCUUUAUUUGAGUCAUAUACCAACAAUGUUCAGGCAGAUUGAAUUAUCUACUUUUAUCUUGUAUGAAAUUUUAAAUUGCAAAUAAAAUGGAACUAGUAUUUGUA